AUGUUUGGCAGCUGGCUACGUGACAACUGCAUCAUCGCUUGGGGGUUGUUUUAUACUGACCCAGAGGGGCCAGGCUCCGAUGACGCGGUAGCCUGCCUCACCUGCAUCGCGCGGUUCCUGUUGAAAUACCAAAGCCACAAAAUGGAGAUGGUUAUCAACGGCUUGAAGGAUGUCAAGGGGGACGAGAAGACCUGGAUGGACCGACCCCACAUCCGUUUCAUUGGCGAGACCGGCCUGGAAGAUCCCAAGUGGUACAACCACAAGCAGAACGAUGCUUUGGGCUACUUCAUGUGGGCUCGAACCCAGCUGGCCUGGCACAAGAAAUUGCCUUUUGAUGGAGAGCACCUCAAACUCAUGGGACAGCUGUUCGACUACCUGCGGGCGAUUGAGUGCUGGGAGGACCUGGACGGAGGCCAUUGGGAGGAGCACUCUGCGGUGCAUGCAUCCUCCGUUGGGCCUCCGCUGGCAGCUGUGAAACUCUUCAAGAAGGUAGCUGCCAGGGAUGGUUUCGUGCCACCAUGCAAGAGCGACACCUUGGAUGUCUUGGAAUCGAACCUCCAGUCUGCGCUGGGAAAGAUUUUGCCGAAUGAGAUCAUUUUCCCCACAGACUUGGCGAGAGACUCCGAUUCCGCGACGGUUUUCCUCGCAUAUCCGUUGGAGGUGGUUGAUGAUGCAUCAGCACUCCAAAUCAUGGACCGACUGAAGAAGGUCAUGGGCCACAUCGGUAUGUGUCGCUACCGGAAGGAUAGCUACUGGUGCAAGGACUACAAGGAGAAGGUCGGUGAUGAUCCGACUAAGCAUUUCACAGACGAGGAGCUGAAAGAGAGAGACAGGCUGCUGAAGGAAGGCGAGGAAGCUCAGUGGUGCUUGUUCGACCCGAUGGUCAGCGCCUUCUACGGCCGCAUGUACCAGAAGACGAAGGAUGCCAAAUACUUGACUCUGCAGCAGCUUUUCCUUGCAAGGUCGCUCGCGGCGAUAACUGGAGAUUCCUGCCCGUACGGCCCAUGGCACUGUGCAGAGGCGGCUCGACUUCUCCUCGGCCCGGAGGGCAAUGCUCUGAAGGCAGAGCAGAGGCAUCUCCGUGUGGCGGCCACUUCUGCGCUGCUCUGGCCGCCAGUGGAACCUGUUUGGGCUUAUGUGGUGCGAGGCUGGCGGCGGCUCUUCGCACAGCGGGCAGGAUCUGGUGGAGGUUUUGAGCUUCGGACAGAGAUGCAGCACAAGCUCUACAAAGAGCGGCGCUUCUUUGAACUGGCAUCUGAAGGCCUCACCUGGAGCUGGACGGUGCUUCGCGCCGCCUUCCUCUUCGGCUUCGCCCGUCCUUUGCCGGCGCUCUGGUCGACGACACCCCCGGAAGGGCCUCCGGUUCAGAUUCCGCCUUUGUCUCUGCGCGUGGUGUUUGGCCCGUGGUCGCAGCUGAACUGGGCUCCCAGUGCUUGGUGGAGAGAUUUGUUAGAUGCAGCACCGGGCUCUCGGAUACACCAGCCGCAAGCUGCUGCGUUCGUACCGUUCACCGGUGCAGAGUUGAGGCAGCAGCUGCCUCGAGCUGCGUUUCAUGACAUCAAAGUCGAAUCGAUGGACUCCGCCGAAUCUGCAGGUGAAGCUCUGGUACUGGCUGCUGAAGUGGCUGUGACCCAGGAUCUGCUGCAGGCCCUGCGCAAAGAGCUCGUGGCUGGUCAUCCGGUCCUGGCGACUGCUCGCUCACUGGCAACUCUCGCGGAGCUUUGGAACUUGCUCUCGGAAGGGGAGAAGCUCCAUCUCAGACUCGCUUUCGUUGGUGCGAACCCUUUUGCGUCACAGCUGCGUCCGGCUGCUGUGGGAGCUGCCCCUGUGCCAGGGCGUUGGGCUCGAAUCUCCGGGCUGACAAAAAGGGCGGACCUCAACGGUUCCGAGGCUCUCAUUGCAGAGGAACGCGAUGAUGGCCGAUGGCGGGUCUCCACGUCCAGCGGAGACCUUGCGGUGCGGCAGGAGAACCUCGAAGUCUUCGUGGAGGAGCCCUGGCCACCUACGCCGAGCCCAGGCCUUUCCGCUGCGGAGUGGAAGGCCAUCUGCAAUGCUCCGUCGCUAUCCACUGCUGCAGAUGGCGGCACCAACGCGUUCUGGUUGGGGAUGCAGCCAUGCGGCCGAAGCCAGAAAAUGUGUCCGCACUGCGGAUCCCGGGGAAAGACCCUCUUGGAGGAUAUGCGCGACAACAGUCCUUCCAAGAAUGGCGUCUCCUUCUCCUCCUUCACUGCCCCGUACAGUGCUAGGGACAGCUACGCAGGCAUGAGCGACCAGGCCAUGUCAUCUGGCAGCGGCCUUCUAACAGCAAGAUCGCUUGCCACGACAGCCGCUGGCACGAGCAAUCCGGAAUUCGAAGUGCAGAUAGAUCGUGCGCCCGGCUCAUCACUGGGCCUCAACUUGGACGCUUUGGACGGGCAGUCGCUCAUAAUUAGCGCCGUGAAGGCAGGCCCCAUUCGUGCUUAUAAUGAGGCGCAAGAAGACGAAGACCUCAUGCUUCAGCGAGUCUUGCCUGCUGAGGCUUCGGUAACUUCGGUAGUAGCAGUUAGCAGUGUAGUAGCUUUAGCUGGUCCUGGACGUUCAGCCACGCCGAACAUCAUGGACUCCUCUGCCAUGAGCAUUGCUGUUAUCAUCCCGGCGAUGAAUGAGGAGAAGGCCUUGCCCGCAACGUUGAGAGCAGUGUUCAGCCAGGAGCCACCUCCCAGUGAGGUUGUGGUCGUAGAUCCUGGAUCGGUCGACCGGACCCAGGACGUUGCACGAAGCUGUGGAGCUUCAGUGCUCACCUCGCCGCGGGGCCGGUCCCUUCAGAUGAAUGCCGGGGCAAAGAGCACCAAGGUCGCCCUAGCCAUGAAGGCGGCGCCGAAGCCAAAGGCCAAGAACAAGGCCAAGGCCAAGGCCAAAGCCAAGGCCGAAGCAGAGCCACAGAAGGAGCCCUUGGAGGUUUCGGAGUCUGCGAUCCCUCUGAAAGAGAGCAGCGGCUCUGUGCCGGCGGGAUCAGGUGCCGCAGCCGCACGGGCGGCCCGUGAGGCACAGAAGGAGUCGCCGCCCAGCCCGAAGCCCGCAGACGCGGAGCCCGCAGAGGAGGCCACAAAGGAUGCAGAGCCCAAGGCAGAAGCCAUGGCUCCUGAUCCAAAACCCGAAGCCAAGGAGCCUGAGCCAGUGAAGAUCGACUUGUCUUCCCUGCCAGAUCCUUGGGCCGAGGUCAGCGAUGAUCUUGCGCUGACGCGGAUCAAGGAGGAGGACUGGGAGGUGAUCUUUGUAUCCUCGGAAGCUUCUGCACCCAGCCAUCUGGCGGCCAAAGACUCCGAGCUUGAUCGUGUGCAACUCAGCGAUGCGCAGCGGACGAGGCUCGUUGCAGCGGAUGUCUCCGAGAACCAGCUGGCUUCGGCAGAGGCUUUAGGAGGCCCACUGUGGCUAAGGUACCUGAAUCUCAGCACGAAUCCCUUCACUUCGCUUGAGGGGCUGGCAGAGCUUUUUCCAAGGCUCCUUGUCCUCGACCUGAGCUUCGUGGAGCUUUCCGAGGUUCUCGGUGUCUGGAGGGCCCUGGCAGAGCUGCCCCGGCUGCGGAAGUUGCAAGCGGAGGGCUGUGGCGUCGCCAGCUUCGAAGAUCUGGAGAAGAUGAGUGAGCUUCGCACACUGGAGCUCAAUGACAAUGCACUCGAAGACCUUGCAGAGUUGGACACCUUGGCUGCGAAGUGCCCGAACCUUCUGGAGCUCGACCUGCGUGAGAACGACGUCGCCUCAGAGCCAGGAUAUGCAAAGAAGGUGAAGAAGCUUUGGCCCAAGCUCACCUGGUUCGACAACCAGUCCUUAAAGAAGUAUGUGGCGGCUGGCGCGGCUGCUGUGUACGACGCCGAAGCGAUGCGUGAGAAGGACGUAGCUGCAGUUGACGGCAUGUUCAAGAACGAGUCCUGCUCCUGUCUCGAAGGAAAUCCAUGUGUGGAUCCAGCCACCUGCAAGGCACCCGUUCUCCUCUUCCUGCAUGCAGACACUCACUUGCCACCUGGGGCCCUAGCACAGCUCCAGGUAGCACUCUGCGAUCCGGACGUCCAGGGUGGGUGCUUCGAGCUACGGUUUGACGAGGAGGCCGACAACGCAACCUUGCGACUUUGGAGUUGGUUUACCAGAACGGGCUGCUGCCGGACACCGCGCCUGGUCUUCGGGGAUCGGGGCAUCUUCGUGCGACGGAAAGCAUUUGAAGAGCUGACGGGCUACAGGGAGUGGCCGCUGCUGGAGGAUGUAGACUUUGCGAUGCGCCUCGCAAAGCUCAACCGGAGAGCUUUCCACUUCCUUCCGAUUGCCGUGACAACAUCAGCGAGACGAAUGCUGGAAAUGGGGCCACUGAAGCAGCAACUGCUGAACACGUGCAUCAUCAUUGCGUGGUACCUGGGCGCCAGCCCUGCCCGCAUGCGAGACUGGCAUGGGGACAGCAUCGUAGAGGUGAACGGGGCUAGAGGCAGUUCUCAGGCACUGCUGGAACGGCUAAAGGCGGACACUGUCUUGGUGCUUUACAUCAAGCGCCCGGUCGCCUUCACCAUCAGCAUUGCGAGAGCGUACGCUCCGCUCGGCUUGCAGGUCGAGCAUGCGCCAAACGGGACCAGCCUCUUAGUGAAGACCGCGGGGACCCAAGCUGUC